AUGUGUGACUUAACACCAUUGACUCCAAGUAAGCAACAAGAAUGGUACUCUGCUUCAACAAUGGAGUAUCCAUGGCUGUCUCACGUUGAUUCCUUCUAUCCCACUCUUCCUUCUUUUCCUUAUCCUUCUUUCGACCAAACAGAUGAAUUCAAGGACUAUAAUAUCAUCAAUCUUCCUUCUCACUACAUGAAUCUUGCUCACAUAAAUGUUAGUAAUAAUGAUCAAGAAGAAGAAAAAGAAUUGGUGGAGAAGAAACUGAAUCACAAUGCAAGAGAACGCGACCGCCGUAGAAAGAUAAACUCCUUAUACUCAUCACUUCGUGCUCUCUUGCCUCCUUCUGAUCAAAAGAAGAAGUUGAGCAAUCCAAUGACCGUGGCGGGAGUGGUGAAGUAUAUACCAGAGCAGAAGCAAGAACUUGAAAGUUUGUCUAGGAAGAAAGAAGAGCUUUUGAAGAUAAUCUCCACAAAGACAGCGACUCUAAAACAUCAACAAGAACAGCUGAGAAAUAGAGCAAUGAUGGACUCAUCAGUAGAUUCCUCUCCCCAAAAGAUCACAGCAAAUUGGAUCACUGACACUGAGAUAGCUGUUCAGAUUGCUACAUCGAAAUGUGCAUCUAUCUCCGACAUGUUGCUUAGGUUAGAAGAAAACGGGCUUAACGUCAUAAGCGCCUCUUCUUCUGUUUCUUCCACCGAAAGGAUGAGAGGAGACUGCAGAGUGAGAUUGGAGGAGCUCAAUGUGGUGGUGGUGAUGACCUUCUCUAUGCCGAUUGAAAGAGUUUGUUCAAACAAGAUGUGGAAAGCCCUUGUGAUAGAGAGAGGGAUUAUGUAG